AUGCCAAGGGAUUUUUCUAUUUUGAGGAUUGAGGUUUUAUGGAGAAGAAUCCGUUUGCAAAAUUGGAAGUUUUCAAAGGUUGGUGUUUUGGACCUGGUGGAGAAGGAAGAGUGCUUUGAUGCUUGGCUGAGUGUUGGGAGGAUUUUGAGUGGUCAUCCUCAUUCUCUUCGUGAUGUUGUCUCUUUCUCAAGUUGGUAG